GAGCGCACCGGGCGGGCCGGGCGAGAGGCCAUGGCGGGCGCCGAGGAUGGGCCGGGCCCGCGGCCGGAGCUCGACGAGGAGGAGGAGGCGGCGUCGGGCCGGCGCUGGGGCGCGCAGCACGCCGGGGCCCGCGAGCUGGCCGCGCUCUACUCGCCAGGCAAGCGGUUCCAGGAGUGGUGCUGCGUGAUCCUGUGCUUUGGCCUCAUUGCCCACAACUUGGUCCACCUCCUGUUGCUGGCCCGCUGGGAGCACAUGCCCCUGGUCAUUGUGGGCAUCGUUGCCGGCGCGCUCGUUGCUGACUUCCUGUCUGGCCUGGUGCACUGGGGGGCCGACACAUGGGGCUCCGUGGAGCUGCCCGUUGUGGGGAAGGCUUUCAUCCGGCCCUUCCGGGAACACCACAUCGACCCCACAGCCAUCACAAGGCACGACUUCAUUGAAACCAACGGUGACAACUGUCUGGUGACCCUGCUGCCGCUGCUGAACAUGGCCUACAAGUUCCGCACCCUGAGCCCAGGAGCCCUGGAGCCGCUGUACCCCUGGGAGUGCUUUGUCUUCUGCCUGAUCCUCUUUGGCACCUUCACCAACCAGAUCCACAAGUGGUCGCACACGUACUUCGGGCUGCCGCGCUGGGUGGAGGCGCUGCAGGACUGGCACAUCAUCCUGCCCCGCCGGCACCACCGCAUCCACCACGUGUCGCCCCACGAGACCUACUUCUGCAUCACCACAGGCUGGCUGAACUACCCACUGGAGAAGAUGGGCUUCUGGCGGCGCCUGGAGGGUCUCAUCCAGGGCCUCACAGGCGAGAAGCCGCGGGCGGACGACAUGAAGUGGGCCCAGAAGAUCAAGUGACUUCUGGAGCCCACUCCAGCGACCAGCCGCCCCAGCCUUGAACGGAAGCCAUCUGCCAAAUCCCUGCCUCGCCCAGGGGACCCCGCCCACCCGUGACAAUACUUGAGCCACUGACUUCAGUGCUUCUUCCUUUUGUUUCCUGGGCCCCUCCCCAAGCGCCUGAGCUGCUGUCCCAAAGCCCAGCACUGCAGAAAAAGGGAGCCCCGCCCCCGGCGCCCCUGCCCUGCCCCGCCCCAGGGCUGAAGGAGGCCACUGACAUGGCCCUGCCUGGCCCCAGUGGCCCAGGGAGACCCGGACCCUUGGGCGCCCCUGCAGGUGGACAGCCUUUGCCGCCAGUGGUCACCCAAGAUGGCGCCCGCCAGAGGGGCCGAGGGCAGCCAGCAGCAGAGGCCAAGACCCCCGUCAUGUCUGGGCACCCUCUCCCUCCGCCCGCCCCAUUCCAGCUGCCUCUGAUGUCCCCGGCUCCAGCUGGCUCUGCGGUCACAGCCGUGAAGGGCUGGUCACCUGGGAAAGGCCAUCCUGUCUCCUUACAAGGUGUGUCGGAAGGAAGCGGGGCUUUUUUAUUUUGGGUUUUUUUUAAAGGUGCUUGCUUGUUAAUGUAUAAUAGAACGCCUUAAUAUCUUUUCUGUAACACGGAAUACUAUUUUAAUGUCCUGUUUUGGAUGUACAUAAUAUAUUUAUAACAAAG